CUAAUAAGACGGAAUGCUUAUCACAUAUCAAUACUAGAUGCCCACGAAAUAAAAUGAUGGACUCGAACAAAGCAUAUAGUUUGGCAGAAGAAGAAAUGGCUGCUCAACUACCAGACUUGAGCCAGUAUGGCCGCUAUCAGCUCCUGGCCAUCGCUGCGCCUUUAUUGAUUGUGCUCUACUAUAUCGGCUUGGUUAUCUACCGCAUCUCUAUCCAUCCUCUGGCAAAGUACCCUGGCCCCACGCUAUGGGCUAUCAGUUCGAUCCCCGGCAUCCGCAGUCUGCUCAAUGGAAGAAUCAGCUUCGACUACAAGGAAUUGCAUGACAAGUAUGGUCCCGUUGUCCGGGUCUCUCCAGAAGAACUCUCAUUCAACACCGUCGAAGCCUGGGAAGACAUCUAUGGGCACCGAAUUGGGAAGCAUGCCGGACGCCCCAACAUGGAUAAGGAUCCCAUUCACGUCGGUUCUGUAGAACCCAUUCCUGGCGCUUCUUCUCUUACUAUGGCCAAUGACAUAGAUCACGCUCGUCUCCGCCGUGCUCUUGCAUAUGCUUUCUCUCAGAAGGCAUUGGUUGAGCAGGAGGAGUUGCUACAGGAUUAUGUGACGAAGUACAUCGAUAACAUCCGCAAGUUUUCUGAGGCUGGUGAGGAGUUCAACGCUGUAGAUUGGUUCAAUUAUACGACUUUUGAUAUCAUUGGUGAUUUGUCUUUCGGCGAGCCCUUCGGCUGUCUCGAUAACAAGCACGGCUCCCGCGACUGGGUCGUCAUGAUCUACGAAUCCAUCAAAGCAGGAGUCCUCGAGCAAGCCACCCGCCGCUUUGCCGACGUGGGGACCUGGGCCCAGCAGUUCCUCAUGUGGCUCAUCCCUUCCAAAGCGCGAUGGAUCCGCCGCGAGCACUUGCGGAACUCGAAGGAGAAGGCACUCCGCAGGAUGAAUGACGAUAGCGAGCAUAAGGACUUUUUAUGGUAUAUCAUGAAACAGCGCGAGAAGAAAUCUGAGGUGUCGGAUAACGAGGUGAUAAUCAAUGCUGCCUUGUUCAUUAUUGCCGGCUCUGAAACAACCGCAACCCUCCUCGCUGGCCUAACCAACCUACUCCUCCGCAACCCUGAAAAGCUCGCCCGUGUUACUGCUGAGAUCCGCUCCCGAUUUGCUACCGAGGCUGAUCUGACCUUUGACAACAUCAUGUCCCUUCCCUACUUGAAUGCCUGCUUCGAAGAGAGCCUGCGCAUCUUCCCACCAGUGCCCGUCGGCUUGUUGAGAAGAGUUCCAAAGGGUGGUGACAUGAUCGACGGCAGCUUUGUCCCAGGCGGAACGAGUGUUUCCGUGCCUGCGUGGGCUGCCAGCCAUAGCCCGGCCAACUUCAAGGAUCCAGACGUUUUCUUGCCAGAGAGAUGGAUGGAGGAACAUCAGAGCGAGUAUGGCACUGAUGUAAAGAAGUCGUCACAGCCCUUCUCGCUUGGGCCGAGAGGCUGUAUUGGCCGCCACUUGUCGUAUGUGGAAAUGCGUCUAAUACUUGGUCGACUGUUGUGGAAUUUUGAUCUUGCGUGGAGUGAUAGUGCUGCUGGGAAGGAGUCACACAGGAGAUGGGAUCAUGAUGGUGAGUGCAAGCAUCUGAGAGCCUUCAAUACGUGGGAGAAGCCGCCGCUGGUGAUCAAGGCAUCUGCGGCAAAGAAAGGAUGAAGAAGGCCUGGUAGUGGAGAAGUGAGCAUCAGCUAGAAGG